AUGUGUUCAUCUACAAUUAUAUCUUUUUUAAGACAGUGGAGACUUUGGAUUAGGCCUUUCUUGAUAGCACUUUAUGUUGUAUUCAUUAUUGUAUUAGUACCCAUCCUCAUCGCCCAUUCAAUAAACAAUGGAUUUAAGAAGUCCGAUCAAGGUUCAUUGGUGGCUGGAGGGUUUGUACUUCUUGCCGUACCCAUUUCCAUAUGGCAAAUAACACAACAUGUAGUACAUUAUACAAAACCAAUACUUCAGAAACAUAUUAUAAGGAUAUUAUGGAUGGUACCAAUAUAUGCUUUAAAUGCUUGGAUAGGCCUGGAAUUCCCAGAACAAUCAAUUUAUGUUGAUUCUCUAAGAGAAUGUUAUGAAGCUUAUGUAAUCUAUAACUUUAUGAAGUAUUUGUUGAACUAUCUUAAUGAAGAUCAUGACUUGGAAGCUCUUUUGGAGACUAAACCACAAGUUUAUCACAUUUUCCCCCUUUGUUGUUUGACACCGUGGGAAAUGGGAAGUGAAUUUGUUCAUAACUGCAAGCAUGGAAUUCUUCAAUACACUGUAGUGAGGCCAAUCACAACUGUUAUAUCAAUGAUCUGUGAAUUAUGCGGAGUUUAUGGAGAGAGUGACUUCAGUCCAAAGGUGGCUUUCCCAUACAUGAUAGCAAUCAACAACUUGUCACAAUUUGUUGCCAUGUACUGUCUCGUAUUGUUCUACAGAGCCAACAAAACUGAAUUAAAACCUAUGAAACCAAUUGGCAAAUUCUUAUGUAUCAAAGCUGUGGUGUUCUUCUCUUUCUUCCAAGGAGUUAUAAUAAACAUAUUGGUUUAUUGCGACGUGAUAUCAACAAUAUUUGAUAUCUCAGAUUCAAAUAAGAUAAAAAUCAUGUCUUCUAAGUUGCAGGACUUUCUGAUCUGCAUAGAAAUGUUCUUAGCAGCAAUAGCUCACCACUACAGUUUCUCUUACAAACCAUAUGUGUCUCCACAAAAUCCGUCGCCAUCAUGCCUCGGAUCUUUCCUCGCUAUGUGGGAUGUGUCUGAUGUCAAGAGAGAUAUAUCCGAGCAUCUUGGUGUUGUUGGGAGCUCCUUCAGUCGAAGACUCCGAGGUAAAUCAAUGUACCAAAUGGCGCGUGGUUAUGACGAGAGCUCAAGAUUGGUGAGCGAACAAGCAAUACCGUCUAGUUCGGCUCCUAAUCUCACCGUGGAUACAGAACCACCCGACGUAGAAGUGCGUCCGUCCGUCUACGGAUCCCUUGAUAACACCGUAUCAGCUAUAUCAACGAACUCUGAAACACAACCUUUACUCGACUACGAUGAACAAAAUCAAAACGAUCCGAAAGUAUAA